CUUCCACACUCCAGCUAGCAAAACAUCUGCUAACUAUGCUGAUGUUUCCUGUCCGACUGUGGGGGAGGUUCUAGCCAGGAUGUAAUGCUGCUCUCCUACACACAGUUCACAUGAACAUUCAGCUGCCUCUUAUUCUGCCAACAGGACGAACAUCCAGGUUUUUGUGGUGGUGCCGGGGACCCUCAAGAUGCCUUGGAACAAAGAUAAUUGUGAAGGCGCAGAUACCCUGUGAGCUGCUGGUGCUGCUUUCCUUCAUUUACGUGCUCACUUUCUGACAGAAGCAGGUUAAGUGUUCAGUUACGCAAUGGAACUAUUGAGUUAACUGCUGCUGUGCAUUAUUCGUUUGCUAAUGAGCUCCAGUGGAAACUGUUCUUUCCUCGCCUUAUGUUCACAUUACUGUAUCUUGUGAUACAGUUAUAGAAGUCACUUCCACCUUUCUCCUUCAAGCUGAACAUUCUUCAGAAGACAAGACCUUGCAUUUCCAAGGAUUAUUCUCCAUGAUAGAUGAGCAACUUUUAAGUGGUGCUGUCACAGGAGGUUUACACUGGCAUCACUGGUGUCAUUGGUGCUGGGCACCUCAGGGGAGUUCUGUGGGAACCCAAGACGAAGGCUUUCAUCCACCACAGCAACGGGUCUCAGCUAUGUAGCAGGAAUGGCAGAUGCUACAUCCAGAAGCCAGACGUCCCAAGGAAAUAACAACUUCCACCUAAAAAUAUGAAGGCUUUAAAUUCAGGACUUGAAAAAUUAUUUUCCACUAAAGUGCCACAUACUCCACUAUAGACAUUACAAUUGAAGACUGUAUGACGACACAUGAUCUGCCGAUCCCUCCAUGGAAUGAGUUUUUUUUUUUCAGCUGACCUCAGUUUUCUGUGAUCCAUAUAGUGGAUAUAAGGAAUAAGUCCCCAUUUUCUCAGUGUUAUGGAUUGUUCAGCCAUCAAGCUCUUGCAUAAUGUUCCUUCUACUUUACGAGGCACAUUAGAUAUUUUUCAAAGUAUUAGGUCCAUCAGGAGCCAAAGUCAUCGUUGGCAUAUCUCAGCCUAUUCAUGAGUAAAAUACAAGAGGGGAAAGAUUUUUAAAACUUCCCGGAAUCAUAGAGGAGGACUAUUCCUGCUGCUACGAUGCACUGUAUUCGCUGGCAGUACCGAUUUUCGCACAAGAGACGGACCAUGUGGAUUCCACCGCUGCUCUGUGCAGUUGCCUUCUUGAUCCUUUUCAUCUAUUUCUGCCCAGACUACUCAAAUCCUGUGAAUCCUGUGGAUGAAUUUGAUAAAAAUGUAUGCACGUGUGGACUGUGCAAGCCAAAGCCUCUAAGGACUCCAUGGUUUGAGCAACAUUUCAAUGGCUCUAUUGAGCCUUUAUUAGUAAGAAAGGAUCAGGUCCUACCCGACCAUGUUCUCAAAUGGUGGCUGAAACUCCAAGGAUUAAACAAUGCAAGUCAGAUCCCAUGGGUACUAGAGCAACUGUUUAAAGUUAUUCCAAGUGGGAACCCAUAUGAAGAACAGUACAACAGGCCGUGCCGAAGCUGUGCCGUUGUGGGGAAUUCUGGUAAUCUCAGAUCAUCUCGUCAUGGAGAAAAAAUUGAUUCGCACAGUUUCGUUAUCAGAAUGAAUGGGGCUCGCACCUCUGGCUUUGAGGCGGAUGUUGGCUCCAGAACGACCCACCAUUUUAUGUACCCAGAAAGUGCCAUGCACCUUCCAUAUGGAGUUCACUUAGUCCUGGUCCCUUUCAAACUCCAAGACCUAAGGUGGAUUACUAGUGCACUUUCAACUGGAGAGAUAAAGUUUACAUACACCCGAGUGAAGAGGUUCAUUCAGGCAGAUAAAGAUAAGGUAUUAAUAUUUAACCCAGCCUUUUUUAAAUACAUCCAUGAUAACUGGACCAAUCAUCAUGGAAAGUAUCCAUCUACUGGAAUGCUGGCGCUCUUUUUCGCAUUACAUAUAUGUGAUGAGAUAUCAGUAUUUGGUUUCGGUGCAGACCAAAAAGGAAAUUGGCACCACUACUGGGAAAACAACCGAUUUGCAGGCGCUUUCAGAUGGACUGGCGUUCACAAUGCAGAAUUUGAGUCAAAACUGAUAGCGGCGUUAGCCCAGGAAGGAAGACUGAAAUUCUACAGAUAACGCACUUUGUUCUGCAUUCAUAAAAAGAUCAUGUUUUCUACUUUGUUAAUAUAAAAAAACUCCUGCUGUA